AUGGCCAUUAGUAAUCACCGCGUCAGCAUUUUAUAUGACAUUCAACGUUGGCACUCACGCAUCGAUGCCCGGCGUACAACCUACUCCCCGUUGGGGCGCAGUAUUUCCAUCUGUAUCCGCUUUGGCAAAGGUUCCCUUUUAACCCUCAUUGGCACAUAUUUUCAAGACUCUCCCGCAUCUCACAGCGAGACGACCGAACAGGAAUGGCAAUGGCUCACCCAGGCCACCACAAAAAUCCCUGGGCACCACCACUCUGUCAUCAUAUGGGGGGAGACUUCAAAACCUACGGCACCAACCCCCUCGACCGAUCUGCCCCACAACCCCGCUCAGGCCCCAUGCCAGCGGCCCUAUCCCUCCGAAUUGCAACCACUUGAGCUGGUGUGGGCGAAUGUGAAAGGACAUGUUGGUCGCCGCAACACUGAUGGUACGGGGCUUGCGGAUGUGAAGGAACAACUCGAAGAAGCGUUCGAAGUGUUGAAAGCCGGACUAUUCAAGGCUGUAGCAAAGCUGCAGAGGGGAAAUUGCAGAAGCUGUACGAACAUUUGCUGGCAAUUGACGGCUUACAAUCCGACGAGGAGUCUUCGGCGCAGAGUGGCAGUGAUAAUGAUGCCGAAAGCGAUUGUGCACUCUAGUUAA